AUGGCUCUCAAAAUAGCAUCAACUAAUCCUCGAUUCAUGGUACAAGCUGGUGAAGGUUUAGUAAGAGUGCCAUAUGAAGACUGGUCUAACGAUGUUGAGAAAGUUUCCUUUAUGUACAACAAGAUAGAAGAACUUCCUUCUAGACCACUCAGUUGCCCUCGCCUCAUCACCUUACUACUGAAAAAGAAUUAUUCAGAAGUAUUACUUAUUCCAAAUUCUUUCUUCACGCAUAUGCAGCAUCUCAAGGUAUUGGAUUUGUCCAACACCAAGAUACAGUCUCUGCCAGAGUCCAUUUCCAAGUUGGAGAAUUUGCAUGCACUAUUAUUAACUGAUUGUCCAACCCUAAAAAUUAAGAGAACAAAAGUAGAAGUGUCAGCAGAAGAGUUGUUGUGCUUGAGGCGAUUAAAAGUUCUCGAAGCUCAAUUUCACAAUGUGCAAGAGCUUACUAGUUAUGUGACAGUGCAACAAUUCCAAAAUUUGGAAAGUUACAAUGUUGUGGUGGGAAUUGUUCAUAAAAAUGACAUACACAACGAACUAUAUGAAUACAAUCCCAAAGCAGAAGAAGGUUGUAGCUAUGAGACUAAAUCUUUUGUAAGUAUUGGACUAGAUUGUGCAGUGCCCCCCAGUGACAUAGAGUCCUUAGACAUUAUAAGAUGGAACGAUCUGAUUAGCUUAUCAGACAUUCAAUCAUUAUGCGAUGCGAAAGAUUUAAGAAAAUGUGAAAUCCGAAGCUGUAAUGGGCUUGAGUCCAAGUUCUCAUCAGCAUGCUUCUUAGAAGACUACCAAAUCCUGCUAAGAGCAGUUGAGGAAUUAUGGUUUGAAGAUUUACCCAAUUUUAGGGUACUCUUCGAUGGAGUUAUUCCACUACACAACAUUUUUUCCUUUAAUCUUAAGAAAUUGUACUUCAUUAGAUGUUCCUCUAUCAAGAAUAUUUUCCCUGCCAAGUUGUUGCGAAACUUCCCAAACCUUGAGAAACUUACAGUGUCUGAAUGCAAGAAUUUGGAGGAGAUAAUUGUAGAGGUAGAGAUGAGUGAACAGGGGGGCCAUCGUCAAAAUGAUGGCAUUAGAAACAUAUUCACACUCCGAAAUUUCAAGUAUUUAACACUAACAAAUCUACCAAGACUGAAGAGCAUAUAUAAGGGACAAAUGGUCUGUGAAUCUCUGCAAUAUAUUCAUGUACGCAAUUGUCCCAUGUUAAGGAGAUUGCCUAUUUCUUUGCACAUGAAUGGUGAUGGUGAGCAAGCAUUUGCACCACUAGUUCUUAAGCACAUUUAUGGGGAGCAAGAAUGGUGGGAAUCUCUGCAAUGGGAAAAUCUCCAUACCAAACCCACUCUUCAGUCGUUCUUCUCCAGUAGAUAA